AUGAAACGGCUUGAACCUAGUAGACUCUCUAAGACGUUUAAAGAUCCAUUAGGAUUCCCAGACUAUGCUGCUCCUCCAGCUCUCAAGGACGCAGGGAUGGCUGCCAUUGCUUCUGACGUGAACCAAUACGACUACAACACAUCUCUAGCAGAACUCGUGGCACGCACCUUCUCAGAAGCUUCUGGCAUUCCAGUGGACCCAGACACGGAGGUCGUGCUCAGCUCCGGCCAGACCUGCGCAUUUGCCUCAGCAUGCCUGGCAGUGUUCCAACCUGGUGAUGACGUCAUCCUGUUCGACCCUGCCUUUGAGGCGUAUCACGGGGCCAUUCUGAUCGCUGGUGCUAACCCGGUGUACGUGCCUCUCUCUCCUCCUCAUUGGUCCAUCGACUUCACCCGUCUCGCAGCCGCCCUCACUCCACGCACCAAAGGCAUCAUUCUCAACAGUCCGUGCAACCCCACCGGCCGUGUGUUCUCACACACGGAGCUCUCCAAACUAGCAGAGUUCUGUUGCCAUCACGACCUGCUCGCAAUCACAGAUGAGGUGUACAGUGCUUUCACCUAUGGCAGCAGUGGCGCCGAGCGCCAUGUGUCGCUCGCUCAUUGGCCGGGCAUGAAGCAGCGCUGCAUCGUCACCUCGUCUGUGUCAAAAACGUUCCACGUCACUGGUUGGCGGGUGGGGUGGGCCAUAGCCCCAGCGCCCAUCGCAGCAGCCAUCAGCACCAUCAGUGCCAAGCUCAUCGACACUCCUCCAGCCCCCUUCCAGGAAGCUUCUCGUGCUGCACUGUGCCUUCCGCCAUCCUACUACACUCAAUUGAGAGAGGACUACACACACAAGCGGGACACAGCAGUGGCCAUGCUGCUGGAAGCGCGGCUGGAGGUGCCUCUUGUUCCGGAGGGGUCUGUGUUUGUCUUCGCCCGCAUUCCCGAGCGAUGGGGUGUUGAUGAUCUUCACUUCUGCAGGCGAGUGAUCGAAGAAUGCGGAGUGGCCUUCGUCCCAGGUCGAAUAUUCUUCCACCCCACCCACUCCACCUCACCUGGAAAUCCACCUGAUAGUUCACCUGACCAACAACCUGAGCACUCACUUGACAACCGAAUCCAGCACCAACCUGAUCAGCCACGUGGCGUCCUAUCAGCCGUUGGAUCUAUCCCUAGCGAUGCAGCCCGUGAGGAGGGGUGUGACGAUGGCGCUGACGAGCAUGCAGAGGCAAGGACCAAUCUGGUCGUGCCACCUCAGCAUCGGUAUGUCCGCGUGGCGUUCUGCAAGAGCAUGGAGACGCUGCAAGCGGCUCGAUUAGCGCUACAGCACAUGCAGGGGAUGUUUGGUUUGUCUUAG